AUGAGCUCGAAACGAAAUUCUACAACUGCUCAAGACGAAGCACCCCCACCAUAUGAAGAAGCGGUCAAGACGGGUUCACCAUUACCACAACCCAGCAGCUCCAACAGUCGACCAGCAGCUCCCCGUCCACAGUCGCAACUUCGUCCGAGCUCCCUGACGUACAUGCCAUCGCCUGCUCAUUCCCAUUCUAACUCAUAUUCCCAUUCGCCAGCUCCCGCACCAUCAAGUGGAGGAGCAGUAGGGGGAGCUUCUUCAGAUCUACCUUUCAAGUACCCCAGGAACUUCCAUUGCCGCAAAUGCAACAAUACAGGAUACAAGCUCAAGAACGGCAAGACAUGCAAAGACUGCUGGGAAAGAUUUGCACCCCGCAACACCUCAAAUUCAGUCAAUCACAAUUUCCAUCCACAACACUUUGGAUCCACGACAUUCAUCCCGUACGGCAGCCCAUCCGUGCCCAACCCUCACCCUGGUGGACGAGGUGGCGGAAGUGGGUCGUUUUUCAGCACGGCCCCUACUGUGCCCUUGCGAGUGCCACCGGGUGAUCCGAGAUUGGGUGGUGUGCUUUGUGGUAGGUGUAGAGGAUCAGGUAUGGUGCGGUUCUUGUUGGAUAUGGAGUUGUGUCCCGUGUGUUCGGGAUUGGGUCGGGUUGUUAAUGUUCCUGCGCCUGCACCACCACCAGUUCCAAUUCAACAAUAUCAACAGCAACCACAUCCCUCGAUGUAUUAUGGAGAUCGAAAGAGGUAA